CAGAUACAGAUCCUUACUAAGUGCCAACGCCGAGCGAUAGAAAACGGAAAAUGAAGUUACUUCCACUGCUAUCAACUGCGUCGAUGAUGCUUUUCUUUGUGAUGUCGUGUGAAGGGAGUGGACGUGUGGUCGUGACCCUAAAAUAUUACAAAAAUCCUUCUCACAGGACCUACGAAUUCAAAUGCUGUGACGCUGGGUUAUUUGGUUGCUCUGGUGGAUGUGAAGCAUAUUUCAAAAUUUGUGUGACAAAGUCAGCCUCCGCCAAUACGCAUUCCUGUAACAUGGGAACUACACAGACUGCAGUCAUUGGCAACAGGGAUGAUCAUAGACUAAAUUUAAGAAAAGAGUUCGCAUUCACAUCCUUACAAGAAUUCGUUAAUUUGAAGGUGCAAGUCUGGGACCAUGACAAAAUUCUUAAAGAUGACCUAGUGGAGACGUUUUUUAGCUCGAAUAAACCUUGGUUGCCUAACCAUGGCCAUCAGAAAAAGACCAUACGACAUAAGAGCAGGGUUGUUCAGUUAACACUUGACCUCGAGGUAUACUGCAACAAGAACUACUACGGCCCUCACUGCACAAAGCAGUGUGUCCCAGGAAAAACCUACACGUGUGGAUUGCUGGGAGAAAAGGUUUGCCGAGCUAACUGGUAUGGUAAGAGCUGCACUGUGGAGUGUAUCCCGCGGGAUGACUGGAGGGGACACUACACCUGCGAUAAAAUGGGGAAAAAGGUCUGUAGAUCAAGUUAUUAUGGAGAGAGCUGCACUCGAUGGUGUGCCCCUCGAGAUGACCCGCGAGAUGGACAUUUCAAUUGUGAUAGACAGGGAAACAAAAUCUGUCUACCUCGUUGGGAAGGGCCAUCCUGUAAACGAUGCGUGAAAAACUGGUUUGGUCCUGGUUGUUCUACAUACUGUGUACCUCAAGACAGUUACGAGCUUGGACAUUACAAAUGCAGCCAAUCAGAUGGAACGAAACAAUGCUUACCGUGGUGGUUUGGUAGCGACUGCAAGGCGCACUGCAUUCCUCAUGACGAUGAUGACAACGGCCAUUAUAGCUGUGCACGUGACGGAAAAAAGACAUGCCAUGACGGAUGGCACGGAGAGAACUGCACAGUGUUUUGCAUUCCUCAAGAUGAUGACAUACGAGGCCACUAUACUUGUGACGACGAAGGCGGCAAAGUCUGUUUAAACGGGUAUCGCUCUCCAGACUGCAUGGACUGCCUACUGGGUCGGUAUGGAGCAAAUUGUUCUUUAUCCUGCUUGGUGAAUGACACGUACGGCUUCCAGCAAGGCUACAUCUAUUGUUCUGACGGUGGAGUUAAGCAAUGCAAGAAGUGGUGGCAUGGCCCAGAGUGUCUCCAGUAUUGUGUCCCUCAUGAUGACAACGAGCACGGGCAUUACACGUGCGGGGCAGGAGAUGGAAGUAAAGUAUGCAGACCUGGCUGGGAAGGGCUAAGCUGUCUUAAUCGAAAAAAGAACUGAGCAUGCGGUUUUGACAGAGAAGUCAGUAGAUUAACAUAUAGCAUGAACUUUUUGCGGGAAGUAUUCUGCAGAAUAACAAUUUUUUUUUCAUAGCAAUUUUUUUUUUCUAUUUUUGUUGUU